GCCCGCGCCGCAGAGCGCGACCUGUUUCGCUCGAUUUAUGGGGACGAUGACGAUGACUGGCUGCGAGCCGACAUUCCUAUCCUUGUUACCCAUGCCAGCCAUGAUGGCAUCGAUCAGACCAUUAUCCGCGCCGAUUUCAAUAGUGACGAUCUGUUUGACGUAACCAUCAACAUUCGUGAUGUCCUGCUCGCCUGGACCAACGACCCGGCCGACCUUCCGCUCAACGGCACCCGUUCGAUCGACAGGCAGUUUUCGCUCAGGGGGCGGGUGAUAUGGGGCGUACUGUUCGCUGUUCUUUUAUUGGGCGGUGUCGGCAGCUGGGCAGCCACCGCAAAGCUCUCCGGCGCGGUCAUCGGGGUGGGAAGCGUACUGGUGGAUGACGACAUCAAGAUCGUACAGCAUCCGGAUGGUGGGGUCCUGCGGGACAUUCUGGUGCGCGAAGGCGACCGCGUGAUCGCAGGUGAACUGCUGUUGCGACUUGAAGAUGCCGAGAUACGCGCCGAAAAAGCCAUUCUCGAGGGCCAGCUGAUCGAGCUUUUCGCCCGGCGUGCAAGACUGAUGGCCGAAGUAGACGGGUUGAGCACCGUCGAGUUUCCUGAAGGGUUUUCGGUGAGUCACCCCAAUGCCUCAGCGAUCAUCAUAGGUGAGCGACAGCUCUUCGCUGGCGAUCUGUCCCGUCAUCGGUCACAGCACAACCAGUUGCUGCUCCAGGUCGAUCAGUUGGAUCAGGAAAUUCAUGGUCUCCGCUUCCAACGGACAGCGAUCGUUUCAGAGUUCGAACUUGCGCAGGUCGAACUUGAGCGAUUCCGGCAACUCGCUGGAAACAACCUGAUCGAAACGUCGCGGGUAGCGACCGCCGAACGCGACGUCAUUCGCCUUCAGGGACAGAUGGGAGAUCUUGAUACCAGCAUUGCCCGGGCGCAGGUCAGAAUAUCGGAUGUGGAGUUGCAAAUCCUUGAGCUUGAAGGCACAAGGCAAACGGAGGCUCAGCGGAAUUUGGGCUUGGUGGACGCUCAGAUCGCUGAAGUCGAAGAGCGCUUGAGCGCUGCGGUGGCCCGCUAUGCCCGUACUGAAAUUGUUGCGCCGGUGGCCGGUAUAGUCAACGAACUCAACGUUAGCACUAUAGGUGGCGUCAUAUCGCCAGCCGAGGAGCUGGUGACGAUAGUGCCGGAAGGGGUCGAUCUCGUGGUCGAAUUUCGCGUGGCGGUCAACGAUAUCGACCAAGUGCAUGUGGGCCAGGCGGCAAAUCUUCGUUUCGUUGCCUUCAAUCAGCGCACUACCCCUGAGGUGCCAGGAGAAAUUCUCCGUGUUUCCGCCGCCUCCCAACAGGAUACACAGACGGGCGAGCGCUUCUAUCUUGCCCAGGUGGGGGUUCAGGAUGGGGAACGCCCGGAACAACUUGUGCCAGGCAUGCCCGUUGAGGUUUUCGUCGAAACCGAGCAGCAGACCGCCAUCGCCUAUUUUAUGAAGCCGUUCACCGAUCAGAUCGCAAGGGCAUUCCGUGAAGAGUGA